AUGGCUUCCUCCAGUCUCUCUCAGGAUAAACUCACGGAUAAACGCUCUCCAGAUGACGAGCUAGAGAACGGAGUCCUGUCACCUCAACCGUCUUUGCGAACAAGCGGAAACGACGAUGACGCCUGCUCCGAGAUCGUCAGGAUAGAGCAGGGGCAUGGACCGGACGACGCAGAAGAUAACAAUGGCCUGGCGAGGCUUGUUAAAACAUUCCAAGUUAGAUAUCGG